AUGGGUGCCGAUACCAAAUUUGUCCAAUGCCCCGAAGGCGAGCUCCAGGUUCGCAAGGAGAUCGUCCACACUGUCAGCCUGCACGAAAUCGAUGUUAUCAACUCUCGUUCACAAGGCUUCCUGGCCCUCUUCUCAGGCGACACGGGCGAGAUCCGCAGCGAGGUUCGGGAUCAAAUCAACACCAAGGUCGCAGAGUGGAAGGAAGAAGGCAAGGCUGAGAUUAUCCCCGGUGUCCUCUUCAUCGACGAGGUUCACAUGCUCGACAUUGAGUGCUUCUCCUACAUCAACCGUGCUUUGGAGGCCGAGCUGGCUCCUAUUGUCAUCAUGGCCAGCAACCGUGGCCAGGCACGCAUCCGCGGCACCACAUAUACCUCUCCCCACGGUCUGCCGCUUGACUUCCUUGACCGUGUUGUUAUCGUCAGCACUGCGCUGUACUCUGGUGAUGAGAUUCGCCAGAUUCUUGCCAUCAGGGCCCAGGAAGAAGAAAUCGAUCUCUCACCCGAUGCUCUGGCUCUUCUCACUAAGAUUGGCCAGGAGUCAAACCUGCGUUACGCCAGCAACAUUAUCACUACUUCUCAUCUCUUGACUCAAAAACGCAAGGCCAAGGAGGUGAGUGUUGACGAUGUCCAGCGCAGCUUCCGGCUCUUCUACGAUCCUGCUCGGAGUGUGAAGUACAUCAACCAAUAUGAACAGCGCUUCAUUGGGGACCAGGGUCAUGUUAGCUUUACUGUCGGAGCCAAUGGCGAUGCGAUGGAGUUAUCUUAA